AUGGUUGUUUUAACGCCCAUUGUCCUACUGCCUCCUCGUGGCGGUCUUUCAUCUUGUAACGCUCUCCGUACCAUUUCUUUGACCCACCCCACUGCCGCCCCCAUGGCAUCCAUUUCGUCCCGGGUCGUCGGGCAUCGCUUUGAUGUUCAACCUUUUGAGAAGCUCCGCUCUUCCAGCACCCCCUCGCUUUCGCAGACUCUGACCUCCGAGUCGUCAUCCUCCCAUGUACCUGCUCGUCCUCGUGUCUCGAACGAGACCGCCGCCCUCGAAUCUGGUGGCCCUCAGACUCAAAGUCUUAGCUCAUUUAUUCUACCGGACAGGGACGAUAUUAUCAUUGCCGUAAUGGGUCCCACUGGAGCAGGAAAGACGACUUUCAUCAGCCGCGCCGGGGGGUUCGACGAGUCAGAACUUGUUGGACACGAGCUGAAAUCUUGCACCCAGGAAGUUCGCGACUUCAUCUGUCAUGACGAAGUCGAAGCGCGCCGGGUCGUUCUUGUCGAUACCCCCGGGUUCGAUGACACUAAUCUCUCCGAUCUGGAUAUCCUCAGGAAAAUCGCCGAUUGGUUGCAGAAAACAUAUGAGAACGACAUCAAGCUUUCGGGGCUCAUUUACCUGCACCGCAUCUCCGACAAUCGAAUGGGCGGGACCCCAUUGAGGCUUUUGGACACCUUUCAGAAGCUCUGCGGGACCGAUGUUUUAAGGCAUGUCGUACUUGUGACAACUAUGUGGGACGACGUUUCUGAAGACAUUGGGAGUGCUCGGGAGACUGAGCUCCGCCGCAAAUACUGGAAGUCUAUGAUCGACCGUGGUUCACGUACGUGCCGUUUCGAAAACACCCGGGAAUCGGCAUGGAACGUCCUUUCUUUGUUCGAAGAUGCACCUCGCCAAACACUGCAACUACAACGUGAACUCGUCGACAAGGGUAUGCGCUUGGUUGACACAGCCGCCGCUCGGACUCUCCUGCAAUGGCUUGUGGAAUUUAUCAAGAUAUUGAAGAAAUCUCUCGCCCGUGUCAGGCGGCAUUUGAAGAAGACCUCCGAUACCUCCUCUCGUGCUGAUCUCUCUCGUCAAGAGCGAGCAUUCACCGCGCAAAUCGACAUGGCUUUAACCGCGUCAAGAGAUUACGAGUGCUCUAUCGUGUCGAAUGGCACUACGGCGGCAUCUUGUGCAUCUUCCUCGUCUAAUCCCACCUCUGCAGUAGACGUCGACCGCUACGGCAAUUUCAUGUCUCCCCCUCCUUCUCCCGUCAACCUGGCACAAGCCUCAUCAAGACCGCCUUGUCUCAACUCAAAGCUCCAUUGGACUAUUACGGCUCUAUCGCUCAUGAAUUCCUUGGUCGCAUUGAGUCCAGUACCCGGUCUCCAGACCCUGGUUGGUCUCCUGUUGACCACGACGCAGUUGAUUGAACAAAGCCGUUCCAACGACCAUGCCCUCACCAGCGUGGCUCAUAGAGCUGCAUCCCUCAUGCUAACGAUCAUUGAGAGCAACGGUUGCGGAGAUAUCAAGGAUACGUUACGGCCUCACAUGGAGACAUUACAAUCUGACAUGACAAAGUUGGCAAGUCUCAUAAAAAAAUCUACGAUGCCAAAAAGGCUUCUUCUUGCGAAUUAUGAGAAGCAGUUAAUCGCCGAAUGCGAUAGGCAAAUCUCCCAUAUGUCUGAUAUUUUUGGGAUCCAAAUCGCUUUGAUCAAUGCAGCCGCGAUUGCUCGCAUCGAAGCCGUUAUAACAGCUGUCCUCUUGAAGUCGCUCGUACUCUCUUCGAAGUUCAGCAGCGUGCGUUGGGUUGUUUCGACUUCCUUGUUGUCUGGAAAGCUCUUCAAGGGCUCUCUGCUGGGUGGCCAUCAAUCUCUGGAGAGAAUCGAGGAGGACCAUCCCCGCCGACGUCUCGUUGAGACGCAUCCCGAGGUUGACCAUCUCUUCUUGCAGAAGAAGAGCCUCCCGAACCUCGGCCCUGUCUAUGAUGCUGUCGAUGAUAGACCAAGCGGAUUGCGACGUAUUUUCGAAGCGAUCGACACUUGCAUUGUGCUCGAUCAUCCCUUUCCAGAAAUAUUGCUGAAGCUGACGUUCUCUUUCCUCUCCGGUCCUCCUUUCGACAGUAUCCCACAUCGUCGAAACAAGUACCACGUUGUGAGCGGCCUUGUCACCGCACAGUUCCCCGAACAUUCGUAA